CGCAGCGCUUCUUGCGCAUGCACAGUCUGCAGUCUCUGGUCAUCCCCUGCACUGUCUGCAGUCUCUGGUCAUCCCCUGUACUGUCUGCAGUCUCUGGUCAUCUCCUUGACUGUGUCCGCAGUCUCUGGUCAUCCCCUGUACUGUCCGCAGUCUCUGGUCAUCCCCUGUACUGUCCGCAGUCUCUUGUCAUCUCCUGUACUGUCCGCAGUCUCUGGUCAUCCCCUGUACUGUCUGCAGUCUCUGGUCAUCUCCUGUACUGUGUCCGCAGUCUCUGGUCCAUCUCCUGUACUAUGUCCGCAGUCUCUGGUCUUUCUCUUGUACUGUGUCCACUGGUCCUCUGUACUAUGUCCAUCUCCUGUACUAUGUCC